AUGAAGUCACCGGGAGCGGUGAUAUCACUCUACAUUCGACAAUUCUUCCGGUGGACAGGUGUCCAAGUGUAUCGCCAUCCCGCACCGUUCUUCUGGAUUCCAGUGACACUCUCGUUUCUCGCCGUCUUGGGACUCUUACGGUUUUAUGAGGAGAAUCGGAUAUGGUAUUUGUAUAGCCCCGAAAAAGCGGAUUCCCACUUCGAGCACGCCGUCGCCAAUGAGUUCUUCAACGAUCGUGGCGGCAAGUUCUGGUUGGAGGUAACAAUAACCGCUAAAGACAUGGACAACCUGCUGCGACGUGACUAUCUAGACGGUGUGGACUCCCUUGCAGAAUUCCUACAGUAUAACUUCACCGUACCAUGCAACGGAGUCAAGGGCGAGAACAAAGUGGAGUGCUCGUUCUCGGAUUUGUGUUCGGGACAGUGUAAUGAUAAUCAGGUCAUCCCGCUAUUCAAUUUGAUCUACCGUAACGCGUCAUCACGUCUUCAUCCAAACUUCCGACUGACCUACCCUACCAUGCAUCUCUAUAACGAUGAGUAUUAUGUCGGCGAGCACUUUGCAGGAGUCAAAAUUGAUCCGAAUACUAAUGUAAUCUCCCGCGUAAAAGUAGUGGUUCUCUACUUCCGCACCGACCGUCAAACCCCCGAAAUCUCCUCUGUCAUCAACGAGUGGGAACGCAGUCUCUUCGAUUACGUGGAGCACUUCGAGCACCCGACACUCAACAUGACCGUCAACUCAGAUGCCAUGAUAGCGAGAGAAGUGAGAACCAACGGUCUCACGUGCGUCCCCUUCUUCUCCUUCUCUGUAGCCGCUGUGGUCAUUUUCAUAUUCGCUACGAAUAGUCGAGAGCACUUCGUGUUCUCUCAUAAUGUCGUCAUGGCGAUUCUGGGAAUCGCUGGCCCGUUGAUGGCUACAGGGACAACAUUCGGAUUCUUAUUCCUAUUUGGUGUCCCCUUCAAUUCUAUCACUCUGGUCAUGCCCUUCCUAAUCAUCGGCGUCGGAUGUGACGACGUCUUCAUCAUAAUCCACGCAAUGCGGAAAACCGAUAAAACCGAGAGUCUCGAAGACCAGAUAGCCGAGACGAUGGAGGAGGCGGGUCCCUCGAUUACCGUAACCUCUGCCACCAAUUGUCUUUCCUUUGCCAUUGGAAUCGCCACACCAACCCCUGCCAUUUCCCUAUUCUGUCUGUACACCUGUAUUGCGGUCGCAGUGGAUUUUGUGUACCAGCUAACGUUUUUUGUGGCGGUCCUGGUCUAUGAGGAGAAGCGUCUGGAAAAAAUGAGGAAGGAGGAAAAAAGAGAGAAAGUGGAUCUGGAAACCCCGAGGCCAAAGCAAAUACUCUCCGUGCAGAACUCUAUCAGAUCUUGCGCCGGCGCCCAUCCCCCACCAGCGAAUCCAAAUGGUAUCGUAAGCAGAUACUGUAGAUUCCUCAAAGACUGGAGGACUCGCGUGACACUCCUUCUGAUUCUUUGUGGGUACUGGACGGCUUCGUACUAUGGGUGUAAGACAAUGGAGAUAAAAAUGGAUACCACUAAUCUGAUUAUGAAGGACUCCCCAUUGAAUAAUAUUGCAUGGAUCUAUGAGAGAUUUCUGUGGAGUGAGGGACAAUUGGUACUGGUGUUUGUGAAUAACCCUCCUGAUCUUUCCAAUGAACAAAACCAACAUGAAGUGCUAGAGCUUGUCAAUCGCUUCGAGACCCUUCCCUACUCGAUGGGCAAGAAUUCCACGUCGAUUUGGCUCCGAUCCUUCCUCUACCAAAGCUCCUUAUACCACAACAUCAAAGGGUUCAACGGUCUUCUUCAAGAGUGGCUCGACGAUACGGAGGGAGGCGGAGCCCGGUGGAAUGACAUGUUACGGCUGAAAAAAGCGGAGAAUGGAACGAUUUUGGGCGUGAAUAAGUUCAUGUUCGCCACGGCGUGUGCGAUGGGAGACGACGCGAAUUGGGCGACGAGAGAGAGGUUGCAGAAGCAGUGGAGAGGUGUGGCACAUGAGUAUGCACACUUCAAUGUAACUGUUUUUCAGAGCUACUCGUUCUACAUCGACCAACUCGACUCGAUCGGCGGCACAACCAUGUCUACCGUGGUCUGGGCAGCGAUCACAAUGGAUCUCGCGUGUCUUCUAAUGAUCCCCGGUAUCAACUCAAUCCUGACAUCUACCAUAGCAAUGGCUUCCAUCAAUGUCGGCGUCUUCGGUCUGCUAUCGAUUUGGAAAGUGAAUUUGGAUCCGAUCACAAUGUGUACCACUUUGAUGUCAAUCGGGUUCUCAGUCGACUUCACCGCCCAUAUCUCAUAUCAUUACUACCGUAACCCGACGAGUUGGACGACCGACGAGCGCCUAGCAGACGCAUUGAAAUCCAUCGGAUGGCCGAUGAUCCAAGCGGCGAGUUCUACAGUACUCUGUGUGUUCCCGUUGAUGUUUAAUACGAGUUAUAUGAUUUGGGUAUUUGUGAAAACGAUACUUUUGGUUACCCUUCUUGGUAUACUCCAUGGAAUUAUCUUCUUGCCCGCACUCCUUCUUACAUCCGGUGAUCUAAACCGUCUAUUUGGUGCUUCCGACAAUGUGGCUCCGGAGAAGAAGACGGAUAAACUUGGAGAGAUAUCACAAACUUCCAGUUUUUCCAGCACGAAUAGUGAGACUGCUCUAGUCAAAAAAGGUGAGAGCGAGACCAGGCGAGACUUUGACCGAGACUCAACGAGACCAACUUCACGAGACUCCGCGAGACCAAGUCCCGGAUAUUAG